AUGGGAUCUGCCUCCUCAACUUACCGGCCCAAGUGUAUUUAUUUGGAUAUUGAUGGAAGAAUUCAAAAGGUGAUCUUUAGUAAAUAUUGCAACUCCAAAGAUAUCAUGGACCUCUUCUGCAUUGCAACAGGGUUACCAAGGAACACAACAAUCUCCCUUUUGACGGCAGACAAUUGUAUGGUAUCCAUUGAUCCGACAAUGCCUGCAAACUCAGAGAGGUCUCCAUACAAAGUGAUACCUGUUGCCACUGAGCAGCUCUCAGAGAAAGAAGAAUUGUUCCAGAAUUUAUUGGGACAGAUUGCCGAGCAGUUCUCGAGGGUUUUUAAAAUCAAUGAGCUGAAAACGGAAGUAGCUAAUCACUUGGCAAUGCUGGAGAAAAAGGUUGAAUUGGAAGGCCUGAAAGUAGUGGAGAUUGAGAAAUGCAAGAGCGACAUUAAAAAGAUGAGGGAGGAAAUGGCAGCAAGAAGCAGCAGGACGAACUGUCCCUGCAAGUACAGCUUUUUGGAUGAAAACAAGAGGCCGACUCCCCGGCGGGAUGUACCAUCCUACCCAAAGUACAUGCUGUCCCAGGAGACCAUAGAAGCGCUUCGGAAACCAACCUUUGACGUCUGGCUGUGGGAGCCCAACGAGAUGCUGAGUUGUUUGGAACACAUGUACCAUGAUCUUGGGUUGGUAAAAGACUUCAACAUCAAUCCUAUCACGUUAAAGAGGUGGUUGCUGUGUAUUCAUGACAAUUACAGAAACAACCCCUUUCAUAAUUUCCGGCACUGCUUCUGCGUGACCCAGAUGAUGUACAGCAUGAUCUCGCUCUGCAGCCUCCAGGAGAAAUUUUCCCAGAUUGACAUCUUGAUUCUCAUGACUGCAGCAGUAUGCCAUGACUUGGACCAUCCAGGCUAUAACAAUACCUAUCAGAUAAAUGCACGAACUGAGCUUGCGGUACGCUACAAUGACAUCUCCCCACUGGAGAACCACCACUGUGCUGUGGCUUUCCAGAUCAUUUCCCAGCCAGAAUACAACAUUUUCUCCAAUGUCGACCAGGACCAAUUCAAACAGAUAAGACAGGGGAUAAUUACGUUAAUCCUGGCUACAGACAUGGCGAGACAUGCAGAAAUACUGGACUCUUUCAAGGAAAAAAUGGAAAAUUUUGAUUACUCAAAUGAAGAACACAUGACCUGUCUGAAGAUGGUACUGAUAAAAUGCUGUGAUAUCUCCAAUGAAGUCCGCCCGAUGGAAGUAGCGGAGCCCUGGGUAGAUUGCUUACUAGAGGAAUAUUUUAUGCAGAGCGACCGAGAAAAAUCGGAGGGGCUUCCAGUGGCACCGUUCAUGGACCGCGAUAAAGUGACCAAGCCGACAGCACAGAUCGGUUUCCUGAAGUUCGUUCUCAUCCCCAUGUUCGAAACAGUAACAAAGCUAUUCCCAGAAGUGGAGGAGGUGAUGCUCCAGCCCCUUUGGGAAUCCAGGGACCGCUACGAGGAAUUAAAACAGAUAGAUGAUGCUAUGAAAGAGUUGCAGAAGAAGAAAAGUGAAAGUUUGACCACCGGCAGUGCCGAAAAGUGA